CUUUUUCUCAUAACAAUCCUAAACCUUCCUUGACACAGCCUCACGGACAGCUUCAUGGAGAGGCAUCUCCAGUUUCCUCCAGGAACGCUUUCUCUUACCGCUCCAUCUCUACCCCUCACUUACCCAAGGCACUUCCUACCCUCCAGAGGAGGCGUGUGCGCAACACCUCGAGAUCUCCGGGAAGAACAAGCACAGGGGCGCGGCGGGACCCGAGGCGGGCAGGAAGACCCACAGCGCUUGCAGCCCCCGCGCCCCCUCACAGCCGCACGGCCCCGCUGGGCCGAGCCCGAGCCCGAGCCCGCUGCCGCUCCCUCAGCCUGCGGCGCUGGAGGGCGGCCGGGACAAGCCCGCCGGGCCCGCAGCAGGCAGAGGGCACCCGGCGGACAGUCGCCAUUUCCUCGCCCGCCCGGGGACACGGCUAGCCCCGGUCCCCGCCCCGCAGCCCAGCGAUGGGUCCCGCCCAGCGCACGGCACUGUUACGAGAGCGGCUGCGCUCCUCCUCCUUCUCCUCCUCUUCCUCCUCUCUGCCCCGCCGCCGGCAUGCCGAAGCUUAGCAAGGAGGCCAAGCAGCGGCUACAGCAGCUCUUCAAGGGCGGCCAGUUCGCCAUCCGCUGGGGCUUCAUCCCCGUAGUGCUCUAUCUCGGUUUUAAAAGAGGUGCUGAUCCUGGAAUGCCUGAGCCAACUAUUUGGAGUUUACUUUGGGGAUGAAGGCAGUGGUGGUCCUGUUGUAGACGCAGCUGAUGGACAGAGUGUCAGAAGAUACGUACAUUCCAGAGGAUGAGGCCGACACUUAGACCAGCUGGCUCAAUCAGCUUGCUAAUGACAUAGGUUGUACAUACAACAAAAUGAAGUUUAUAUGGACCUAACUUAUUUGCAUUACGGUGUAAUUAAAUAAAUACUGUUCGAAUGGAUUCAUAUUGUUUUUAAGUCUUUACAUGAUAUAAUGCAGUAGUUUAUUUAUUACAGAAACUCAUGGUGGGGUUUUUGUUUUGUUGUG